UUCGCUGGUGAUAACGAACCGAUACGCAAUGGGCCCCCAAGGAAUUCUGGUUAUGGCCAUAAGCAUCGUCGGGGCGAUGGCAUUUAUCCCCCAUGGUUCUAUUGGGGAAAAGGAGCAUAUGCUAACGGAAGCUUUGCUUCGUGAGGUUAUCGAUCGUAUGGGCUCGGACUUCAACGACGCAGCGCCCUCGUACCUCGAUAUCCCGAAAGAGGUACAGAUUUCGUUGAUGUCCCGAGCCCCCAAGGAGCUGGAGAACGAGCAGCUCGACUACGACUCGCUGAUCGACGGGAACCCCAGCCCGAGCCUGCGAGACCAAGAGUAUUUGCAGCACAGUUCAUUAUGGGGCCAUCAGUACGUAACCGGCGGUGCGGGAGAGGGUGAACAGCGUCUGCGACCAUCCGGACUGGUUCCGAACCGGCAGAUGAUCAAAACCGAUGCUGUCCUUCCGGCCUACUGUAACCCUCCAAACCCCUGCCCUGUCGGAUACACUGAGGAACAUGGCUGUAUCACAGAGUUCGAGAACACAGCCGCGUUCAGCCGCGAGUACCAACUCUCUCAGCGUUGUAUGUGCGACGGCGAGCACAUGUUCAGCUGCCCCCCUGAUUCCCCCUCCGAAUACGAUAUCCGCUUCCCCGAUCACCACAAGAAUCUCGUCGCCAAGAAGUAUAAGGACGACGUUAGUAUUAAUUAGUCUUUUCAACGCCAUAUUUUAUCCGUCUAUUCGAUUCUGAACAUAUGGCAGCUUUAUUGAAUUUUAGUAUUUUUGUAAUGGCUUAGUUACCAAAUUGAAUUUAUGUGGCUGAUUUUAUAUACUAUGGUACCGAAAUAAAAAUGCAUAAUUUUUUUCACUAUUAAAACGAAAAAUAUGUAA